AUGUCGAAUCGAAUUUCACAGUUCCCCCGUCUCACGUCAAGCCUCCGCGCUACUCAUCUGUCCGCUCGUCCAACAAGAAGAGCAUUCUCAGCGUGUGCAAGAUGCCGAACCGAUGGAGUCUACUCUGAACUCACGGCCAUGCGAACAAGCACUCCAUUCAUCGAGGCAUUUAAGAAACAGCGUGAUGACAAGACAAAGAUACAUCCGGUGUCUACGAACAAGGUGGAGAGGGAUCUGAGUCCGAAAACGAUGCAGGACAGCCAUACCAGAGUCAUAUUGCCUCUGGCGAGAGAUCCCUGGUUGUUGGAUAAAUAUAUCAACUCUUCCGGUCAUAUCAGACUUGGGACCAUCUUCAUGGAUCUGGAUGCUCUUGCUGGCGUCGUUGCUUACAAGCACACGGGCGAUUCGGUUAUGACGGUCACAGCAGCCGUUGAUAGGAUUACUCUCACUCGUCCUUUGACCGAAAUCUGUGACUUGGAACUCAGUGGCCAGGUCACGUUUGCUACAGGAAGAAGCAGCAUGGAAGUCUCACUGCAAGUUGCCAAAGCAGCUGCUGAAGGAGAGACCGUCAAAGAAGAAGAUAUAUUAAUGACCUGUGCUUUCACCAUGGUAUCCCUAGAUCCAGCAACCAAGAAAUCAGUAUCCAUAAGCCCCCUCAAAACCACCACACCCGAAGAACAAACACUCUUCGCCCGCGGCCAACAAAACCACGACCGCAAAAAAGCAGCCCUAGGACUCGCCCUCCGCAAACAAGCCCCAAAUGACGAAGAAUCAGAUCUGAUCCACGCCCUCUGGCUCCAACAACUCUCAUGGCACGAUCCCAACAACCCUUCCCGCAAACCCGAUAACGCAGAAUAUAUGGGAAACACACAAAUCCAAUCCGUGACCAUCAUGCAGCCCCAGUACCGUAACCGCCACAACUUCAUGAUCUUCGGCGGCUUCCUCCUGAAAUCCACCUUCGAACUAGCCUUCACCUGCGCCUCGUCCAUAUCCCACACGCGCCCGAAAUUCAUCGCUCUCGACCCCUCGACGUUUGAAAACCCCGUGCCCGUAGGCUCAGUGCUAUACCUCACCGCCACCGUCGCCUAUUCCGAUUCCCCCAUCCUGGAACACGAAUCUAGUGCGAGUUGGAGUGGGAGUGGCGGAAAGGUGAGUCCGGAGGGCAGUACGAGGGUGCAGAUUAGGGUUGAUAGUAAGGUGAAGAAUGUGGAGCAUGAUGGGGAGACGAAACCGACGGGCGUGUUUAAUUAUACGUUUGAGGUUGGCCGCGACGUGAGGAUUAUCCCGGAGAGCUAUGCGCAGUUUAUGAUGUUUUUGGAUGCGAGGAGACGGUGUUUGGUGUUGAAUGAUCACGGUCCUGCUGUGGAGGAGGGGGAGAAGGGGGGGUUGAUGGGCUAG